GGCAGGUGGGCCGGAGGAGGGCUGGCAGCCCGCCAACCCCAAGGGGCAUUCUCUUCCCUUCCAGGCUGCGGUCACGGAGGACCAGUAAGGCUGUGGCAAUACCAGUAGCUGAGAAUGCCCCAGGCCCUGGAACAAGCAGAUGGCAGAUGGGCCUGGGUCGUCCUGCUAGCCUCCCUGGUGACCCAGGCCCUCACCCUGGGCUUCCCUUCCUGCAUUGGCAUCUUCUUCACUGAUCUGCAACGUGACUUCCAGGCCAGCAACACUGAAACCUCGUGGUUCCCCUCCAUCAUGGGGGCCACCAUCCAUGGCGGGGGGCCCCUGUGCGGCAUCCUGAUCAAACGUUUCGGCUGCCGAGUGACCAUGAUACUGGGCGGGGUGCUGGCCAGCCUGGGCAUGGUGGUCAGCACCUUCUCUGCCUCCCUCACGCACCUCUUCAUCACCGCAGGACUGAUCACAGGCCUGGGCAUGUGUUUCAGCUUCCAGUCAAGCAUCACAGCAGUGGGCUUGUAUUUUGUCCGCCGGCGGCCGCUGGCCAAUGCACUGGCCUCCAUAGGAAUCUCCUUAGGCGUCACGCUCUGGCCACUUCUGGCCGGAUAUCUUUUGGAAACCCUGGGCUGGAGGGGCGCCUUCCUCGUCGUUGGUGGCAUCUUUCUCCACUGUUGCGUAUGUGGAGCCAUGCUGAGGCCUGUUGCCACCAACGUGGUCCCUGAGCCCACCAACGUGGUCCCUGAGCCCAAAGAAGAUCCCCUUCUACCUCCCGAGAAACCUACGCGCAGCUGCCUGGCAACGUGCGUCGCGAGCAUCCGGUACCACCUGGCUUUUGACAUCCUUCGGCACAAUAUGGGCUUCUGCGUAUACAUCGUGGGUGCGACAUGGAUGAUCCUGGGUCUCCCACUGCCGCAUAUCUUCCUGGUGCCGUACGCUAUGCAUCAUGGGGUGGAUGAAUACUGGGCAGCAAUGCUCAUGUCCAUUAUCGGCUUCUGCAACAUCUUCUUGCGGCCCGUGGCAGGGCUGCUGGUAGGCAGGAAGAGCUUGGCUGCCUACCGGAAGUACCUGUUUGCCUUGGCGAUCCUCGCCAAUGGGCUCACCAAUCUGAUGUGCACAGCGUCGGCAAAUUUCCAGGUGCUGCUGGCCUAUUGCCUGGUGUACAGCCUGUCCAUGUGUGGGGCCGGGAUCCUCAUCUUCCAGGUUCUAAUGGACAUUGUCCCGAUGGAUCGCUUCCCCAGUGCCCUGGGCCUCUUCAGCAUCCUGUGUGGCGUGGCUUCUCUCGUCUCUCCACCAUUGGCUGGACUGCUGCUGGACAAGACCAACGACUUCAGCUACGUUUUCUACUUGUCCAGCGCCUUCCUCAUCUCUGGUGCUCUGUUCAUGGGCGUGGGCUUCUAUGCUGAAGAGAAGAAGAAGAAGAAGAAGAAGAAGCAGAAGCAGCAGCUGAAGCGAGAUGGGCAAGCCAAGAUGGAGGACGCCACCUCAGAGAUGACCUCAAUGUGCGCUCUUACCUCAGAAGACAAGGACAGUGCCAAGAGGCAACCGUACCCUGAAAACACCUAUGUGACCAAUGUCUGAGCUCCAGAGAUCACAUGUGACCUGCCUCUGAGCUCUGAAGACAGUAAGGGGAACCUUCCUUCCAGGAAGGUGGGUAUAGAAGUAGGCCUUCCUGGCUUUCUUCUUUGGGCCCGGAGAAGACUGGUCUGAGUCGUGCAUGCAGCAGGCACGCCUCGCUACCUUGGGCUGACUCCUCACAGUUGGUCCUACAGCCCAACACUCUAGGGUUUCUCAUCCAGACAUUCUUCCCAUGUCAACUGUCUUUGUCCUUCUUGGCCUCAGACGAUUUUUGAAGAAUUUGCUUCUCUUCCAAGAACUUACUUACUGCUCUUCUCUUCCCAAAUAACCAAGCCUGACCCCCUCAGGUCAGGAAUGUUAUGGGAGCUUGCUGCUUCAAGAAGCCGAGUCUCAUGCUAACUGGAGCCCUAGCAGAACCAUGGAUGAAGGACCAGGAGAAGAAACUGGCCUUGGUACGAGAUUGGUACUAACUGGCUGUUUGGGGGAAUGCUGGUCCUAACCUCUCCCAAGAUCAGGAAAAGAGACUUCUCUGCUGGCCUGGAAGACGCCCUCUUGCUUGGGUCUCAGAAGUUAUAAAGUCUGAAGAGUCUUCAGCCAUUGAGCAUGGCCUGAACCAGAAUCUUCUCUUUUACCCGGCUCUGUAUCCAUGUAGGGGAAGGCAGGCCUUUGACUAACCAGGAGACAACAAGGCAAGCUAGGUAACUUAAGGAACAUUAUAAAAACUGAGUCUAUAUAUGCAAAUGUUAGUCUGUGCUCUGCUCUUGGCCUCUGAGAUUCACCUUUCUCCAGGAUGUGUUGGAGGUAUCAGCCCUGAGGCGGUUACUGGCUGUCAGCAGCUGCUGCUAGCCUGAGUCCACGGCCUUGAGCUAUGUCCACAAACAUUUCUGGUGCUGGUCUCUGAGGUCAUCACUUAAGGCUAGUUGUCAUCAGCAUAGGCUUGUCCCAGCAGGGUACUCCAGGGAAUGGGAAAACAAUCUGUUUGAAUUAUAUACAAAACCAUUCCCUGCCGCGGGUCAUGAACUCUGGACUAAUAAAAGAGGAAAACAGGCCUGAGUAAAUUUCCUCCCAUACCCCCAGCCUGGCAGGAACUUCUUGGGCUUGUUUGUUGGUUCAGGCUCGACCAGGCUCUGGCAAGGAAACCUUAUCAGGAAAAACGAUUUUAUUUUCACGCCUGACGCCAGCCUUCCUCCUCCACGAGUCCAUCUGGCAUGAAUAAGCAUCUUUAGGAUUAUUCCGGCUCCUCUAGGGUGCUGUCAUGAGUGCCCCCUCAUGGCCAAAGGAAGUACUGCAGCGGUGCAUUUGCUGAACUGCUUUGGGCAAUUGUGUUCAGUGCCUCUAGACCUUGAGUGGAGACUGCUGUGUAGGUAAAUGUGCUUGCUGCCACGCCGACAACUUGAAUUUGAUUCCUGGGACCCACGUGGGAAAGGAGAGGCCCCACUAUCACAAGUUGUUCUGUGGCAUGCGCACACACACACACACACACACACAAAUAAAUGUUAUUUAAAAAUUUU